CAUUUUUUUCAUUUUCACCCUAAUCGAGUACACUCUCUCCCGUCUUCAUCGCCGCCGUCAUAACCUUCCUCCGCCGCCCAUCCCCCUAACGAGCUGCGCAGCGUUGGGCGGAGCGAGUAGUGGUGGAACAACCGCGAUCCAGGGGUUCCUUCCGGCAAAUUGAGGGCGGACAAGGAAAGACGACUUCGGCAGCUAUUCUCCGACGGAAAAUACUCAGAGAAUCUCUAUCCCUAGAUCAGUGCUUUAUUUCCCUUCAAGGAGGAUUAGGUAAGUGAUCAGAUCAUAUUCAAAAGUCGAAGAGGGAACACGUUCCAAGACACUCCUGACUCGCAACCAUGAGUACCAUGAAGUUUUGCCGUGAAUGCAACAAUAUUUUGUACCCAAAGGAAGACAAAGAACAGAAGGUUCUUCUAUACGCUUGCCGCAAUUGUGAUCAUCAGGAGACUGCCGAUAACAACUGCGUGUAUAGAAAUGAGGUACACCAUUCGGUUGGAGAGCGCACCCAAGUCUUACAAGAUGUAGCUGCAGAUCCAACGCUUCCUCGUACAAAGGCAGUUCAUUGUACCAAUUGUGGACAUGGAGAAGCUGUUUUCUUCCAGGCAACUGCUCGGGGCGAAGAAGGAAUGACGCUAUUCUUUGUCUGCUGCAAUCCGAACUGCGGGCAUCGCUGGAGAGAUUAAUUCAAAAUUACAUAGUCGGGUGAGGUAAGCUUCGAAUAUCACUUUCUGUGCAAUUACAGUAUGUAGUGCUUGGGGAAGCUGUUAUUUUCCGACUGUUAAAUUGACUGCGUAUGCUAGAAAAUCCUAACUGAUUUGUAGUUGACUCCCUUUAACAUACAUUUCAUUGUUUCGACUAAUUCCAUCCUUCUCCAUCACUUCAAUGUCAUACUCUCUCCGUUCUGUUCUAAGGGUCAUAUUUAUUUUUUGU